AUGGAGAAGUGUAUGUGUAUACUGUAUGUGUGUAUAUCUUCACUGUUUACUAAUAUCGCAAGAGUGUCAUCACUGGCACAUAAUCCCUCCGGUUUGGGGGCUCUGGUAGUCGGUUCCGCUACCUACCACGAAACUCCGCUGCACAACCUGGACGACGUUGCCGACCUGGGUGUGGAAUCAAGCGGAACGAGAAAGGACCGUCUGCACGAGCUGGAGGAGAUCCUCGAGGACGAGUCCCAGAGCCCCGACGAGCAGUCGGCGUCGAGGUACGAGGAGAACGUGAAGGUGUUCGACAACCCGGCGGUGCUAGAGGCGACUUCGCACCCGACCGAGGACGAGGUCAAGGACUUCCAGAAGGUCAGUCAGCACGAGCUUGCAACCAGGGACGACCACUUCGACGCCCUGAACACGCUGAUAUCAGAGCCGAAGCUUUUAGAUUUCGCAGGUGCAGACAACGCGUGGAACCCUGGCGGGGGCAGCGGCCCAAGAGGUUUAAAUGGCAAGCCCGGCUCCGCUACGGGCAACCCUCUGGGCGUUCCCCUCCCCAAUCCAUUCAGCGACCAGUCUCAGAGGGGCAUCCUGGGCAAGUUUCCGCCGCUCAGCGUCAACGCCCGCACCAGGAACCACUUCCACGUCCUGAACGUGCACCACCACUACCCUCAGCCGCAGGACUCGCCCAGGUACCCUGAGGGCGUCAAAUUUGCCCAGGGCUUCUUGACCAAGGAGUGUUUCGAAGGCGGCUUCGACGGCCAGCCUGGCUCCCAGAGCUGCUACUGCUCCAGAUCGGAAACGUGCAGGUGCACCAAGACCUACAUGAUGCUACUGUCCAUGUGCGACACUCUCGUCAACGACCCCUACGUGAAGCAGUUCUGCGGCCACCACGGCGUCAAGCGCGACCACCCCAAGCUCAACCACCGGUUCGCCAGGAGCCAGGACAACUCCGUGUCCGACGCCUUCAACGCAGUCCAUGGCGCCAUGUGCAACUACAAGGGCUUCGGGCACUGCAGGUAG